CUUGCUCUCGCAUCUUUUUUGUGAUAAUUCGAGCGAUAGGAUCGACAGUCCGAUGAUGAAGAUGGGAUUCGGUUACGCCUUCCAAGCAUUCGUCCUCGUGCUCUCCGUCGCGAUGGCGGCUGAGGCCAGAAGCAUCGUUGUCGGAGGGUCCGAAAACUGGCGUCCCGGCUUCAACUACACUGACUGGGCUCUCAAGAAUAGCCCCUUUUACAUCAACGACACACUCGUGUUCAAGUACGAGGCACCCCAUAAUGUUUACUUGCUGCCGAACCUGUGGAGCUUCAUAAAGUGCGACUUCAAGGACGCCAAGCUCAUCGCGAGCGCCGAGGACGGCGGCGGCGAUGGCAUCAAAGUGGACCUGACCGCGACAAGGCUGUACUACUUUGCUUCGUCCGACAGUGACGACUGCAGUGCCGGGAUGAUGAAGUUCUUCGCCGUGCCCUUGCCUCGUCUGCAAGGUUGAUCGAUGAUCGUGAAGGAGUAGACGCUCUCCUUUUGGUUCGGCGUGCUUCGAGUGCUUUUGUUGGGACUGAUAAUGAAUAAGAGGUCUACUUUUCUGCCCUAGCUAGAAAUGGACGACGAUAACUGGGAACAAAAUAAGAAGGAAUUAAAGAGAAUAAUUUCUUUCUUCUAUAAAUAAAUUGUUCCUUGUGUAAACGUAACGUCUAUUGGGCAAGUGUUUGUCGUAUGGCAUUGCCAUGGUUGUUAUAAUAAGCUGAUAAUAUCAUAGUGUCUAUCUCUAUUCCCUUC